CCCUCCCUCCCUCCCGCUCCCCGACUCCCCCGGCGAAGGGGCUUCAAACCAUGGACUGGCUGUCAGCAAUCACCGCUCUCCUCGCCCUGCUCCCACCCUGGCUGAGCGGCCAGGCCGUCAAGAGGAAUGUGCCAAGAUUAAAGCUCUCCUACAAAGAAAUGGUGGAGCUGAACAAUGUGGUGAGUUUCCCCGGCAUCGCCAACAGCUCCAGUUACCAGACCUUCCUCCUGGACGAGGAGAGAGGCCGGCUGUACGUGGGCGCCAAGGACUACGUCUUCUCCUUCGACCUGACCGACAUCAACAAGGACGUCCUGAAGAUUCACUGGCCCCCGUCCCAGACCAGGAGAGACGAGUGUAAGUGGGCCGGGAAAGACCUAACGAAGGAAUGUGCCAACUAUGUGCGGGUUCUGGAGUUCUAUAACCACACUCACCUGUAUGCCUGUGGGACGGGAGCCUUUCACCCAAUCUGUGCCUACAUCGAGAUCGGUCACCAGUCACAGGACAUUGUGUUCAGACUGGACACGGCUCACAUAGAGAACGGUCGGGGUAAGAGCCCGUAUGACCCAAAGCUGCUGACGACGUCUCUUUUAAUAGACGGGGAACUCUACGCUGGGACGGCUGCAGACUUUAUGAGCCGGGAUUACGCCAUCUUCCGCACCCUCGGCCACCAUCACCCCAUCAGGACCGAGCAGCACGACUCCCGGUGGCUGAACGAGCCGCGGUUUGUCCACGUGCAGCUCAUCCCGGAGAGCGACAAUCCGGAGGACGACAAAAUAUAUUUCUUUUUCCGGGAAAACGCCUUGGACGGGGAGUAUUCCGGAAAGGCAACGUACGCCAGGAUCGGGCAGGUCUGCAAGAAUGACUUUGGAGGACACAGGAGUCUGGUCAAUAAAUGGGUGACCUUCUUGAAAGCCCGCUUGCUGUGUUCGGUACCGGGUCUCAAUGGCAUCGACACCCACUUCGACGAGCUCCAGUCCGUGUACCUGAUGAACUCCAAAGACCCGAAGAAUCCUUUUAUUUAUGGCAUCUUCACCACCUCCAGUAACAUUUUCCGAGGCUCUGCUGUGUGCAUGUACAGCAUGUCCGACAUCAGGAGGGUUUUCCUGGGGCCCUUCGCUCACCGGGAGGGACCCACGUACCAGUGGGUGCCGUUUCAGGGUCGAGUGCCCUACCCACGGCCGGGCACGUGUCCCAGUAACACGUUCGGAGGCUUCCAGUCCACCAAGGACCUUCCCGACGACGUGAUCACCUUCGCCCGGAGCCACCCAGCCAUGUACAACUCGGUGCUGCCCAUCAACAACCGGCCCAUCAUCAUCAAGACUGACGUGGACUAUCAGUUCACACAGAUCGUGGUGGACAGAGUGGAGGCUGAGGACGGACAGUACAACGUCAUGUUCAUUGGCACAGACGUGGGCACGGUGCUGAAGGUGGUGUCAAUCCCCAGGGAGACUUGGAGAGACCUUGAGGAGGUCCUGUUGGAGGAAGUGGCCGUGUUGAGGGACCCGAUUCCCAUCACCACACUGAAGAUCUCCACCAAACAGCAACAGUUGUACCUGGGAUCGUCGGCGGGGGUCUCGCAACUCCCCCUGCACCGCUGUGACGUGUACGGCCGGGCCUGCGCCGAGUGCUGCCUCGCGCGAGACCCUUACUGUGCCUGGGACGGCUUCUCCUGCUCCAGAUACUUCCCCACCGCCAAGAGGCGAACCAGAAGGCAGGACAUCAGGAACGGUGACCCUCUCACUCAAUGCUCCGAUCAACAGCACAAUGAUAAUCUACACGAGCACGAGGACCUGGAGGAGAAGGUGAUCUACGGGGUUGAGAACAGCACCACGUUCCUGGAAUGUGUUCCCAAAUCCCAGAGAGCUCUGGUUUACUGGCAGUUCCAGAGACACAACGAGGAGCACAAGCAGGAGGUGGCGGCUGACGAGCGGGUGCUGGGUACGGAGCAGGGGCUGCUGUUGCGGAGGCUGGAGCGGGGGGACGGGGGGACGUACACCUGCCAGACGGUGGAGCACGGCUACAUGCAGACGGUGCUGAGCCUGACCCUGGAGGUGAUCGACGCCGAGCACCUGGGGGAGCUGCUCCACAGGGAGACGGACGGGGAGCUCGGGGGAGGGGGGGCUCGGGCCAGGGGGGGCCACGGAUUAGCGGCCCCCCACCCCCCCAGCCACAAGGUGUGGUACAGAGACUUCCUGCAGCUCAUCAACCACCCCAACCUCAACACCAUGGAUGAACUGUGCGAGCAGGUGUGGCGGAGAGAGAGGAGACAGCGGAAGCAGCGACCCCCACACGCCAGCGCACACGCACACGCCAACCCACACGGAACCGGCAACAAAUGGAAGCACUUGCAGGAGAGCAAGAAAGGGAGGAACCGACGGACGCACGAGAAUGAGAGAGCGCCACGGAGUGUCUAACUGUCAACUAAACCCCCUCCUCAUCUCCCUCCCCCUCCCUCUCCCUCCCUCACACCCCAUCAUCUC